AUGUCAGUGCACUGCUGCAGGCUGAGCAGAAGGGGGCGCUCUAUAGAAUCCCAGACGGUGGAAAUAUCAGUGCUGCAGUCCAGUGGGCAGAGCGCAGAGAGUGAGUUUCCACUCUGGCUCCAGCUGUCCAUGCCACUGUCAGGGAGGAACCAUACCAUCCACCUGGAGAAAACUCUGGAUCUGCUGACAGACCUCUACACUGAGCACCGUUAUUCACCAGACAGCUCCCUCCUGUCAGAACAGCGCCACCCCAUGGUCAAGCAACACAAAUACAACAUUGAGCUGUUCCUGGUGGCUGACACAGCGCAGUUCAGGAAGCAUGGGAAGGAUGUGGAGAGUACCAGGCGGAGUCUGAUUUCCAUCGCACAUCACCUGCGACAGAUAUACAGCCAGCUGGACAUAGGGGUGUUCCUGGUAGGGAUUGAGAUCUGGACAGAGCAGGACAAGGCGCUGGUCACCCACUCCUCCAUUGAGACUCUGAACAAUUUCCUCAAGUGGAAAGAGACAGAGCUCGUCCCCCGAGCACCGCAUGACAACGUGCAGCUGGUCAGUGGGGUUCGCUUUGAGGAGAAUGUGCUUGGUGAAGCCACCAUGUCAACCAUGUGCUCUCCGAGUACAAGUGGGGGAGUCAUUCAGAACCCGGGUGUCAGUACUGCGGUGCUGUCCAACUACAUGGCCCACGAGAUUGGACACAACCUGGGAAUGUACCACGACAACCAGGACUGCCACUGCGCCGCUGGCUUUGGAAAGUGUCUCCUCGCAGGGAACACUAGGGUCUUCCCAGCACUCAACCCCCUCUUCAGUGACUGCAGCAAGACAUUCCUGAAGAACUUCCUGGCAAAGGCCAGUGCUUCCUGUCUGCUGGACCGGCCACGCUCCUUCAUUGUCACUGCAGAUCUGACAAAGCCGAACCGUCCUCCCCUCAUACUUGCUGCUGUUGUCUCUCUCUUCCUUGUCGCCGUCCUCAUGCUAGUCGCCAUGGUGAAGCUGAAGAGACUCAAAACCCUUGAGACGCCCCUGCCCAGCACCCCCCUCCCCCUGCUCAGCCCGAACCUGGACCAGCCAAACACAUGACUCUCAAGACGUGUCCUUCAUAAGUGCAACAUCCAGGCUGCUUUUCUAGUUCCUUAAGGGAAUGCACAUUCCUUGUACAGGAACCUUGUUCCAGGUGGGGGGGGUUAAAUAUUCGCUCAAAUAUCAAGAAUCAUUGUACAGAUUUUCAUUUUAUUUGUCUACUGAACUUCAAGUAACACAUACAGCUA